AUGGGGGUCCAGCAGAACACUCCUCAUGCCCAGCCGGCAGGUCAACAGAGUCUAGACCAUUCUACUUUCAUCUCGCAACAUCCUGGGCAAAGGGUAGACCACCAACUUCUUCCGGAUACUCGCUCAGCAGCAACCAGCGGCCACUGCCGCUUCAAUCGAUCUUCGACCGCCAGUCACGACGUCAACCAGCCUGGUCCCACCCAGCUGGUCCUCACCUCAAAAAAGAGAAGAUGA